UACCUGCUCCCACGCCAGCACGCAGUCACUCUCCUUAGCGGCGCUCACAUCCCGCUGUCGGGCCGUAACCCCAUGCUGCAGGAGGCGCUGGGCAUCCGUCCACACAUCCUGGUGCUGAACAAGAUGGACCUGGCUGAUCCUUGCCGGCAGCCGGGGAGCGCCAGGCCAGGGCUGAGCGCUGAGUACAGCAUCCUGGUGAUCGGCGUGCCCAACGUGGGCAAGUCAUCGCUCAUCAACUCCCUGCGGAGGCUGCACCUCAAAAAGGGGAAAGCCACCGCGGUCGGUGGCGAGCCAGGCAUCACCAAAGCAGUGCUGACCAGAAUCCAGGUCUGCGAGAAGCCCCUAAUGUACCUGGUGGACACGCCUGGUGUGCUGCCCCCGAAGCUGGGGGACGUGGAGACGGGCAUGAAGCUGGCGCUGUGCGGAACCAUCCGUGAUCACCUGGUAGGGGAGGACAUCAUGGCCGACUACCUCCUGUAUGCCCUGAACAAGCGGCAGCAGUUCGGGUGA